AUGGCUUCCGGGAACCCGAACAGAACCCCUCGGAGCCUUGUGCAGAAAAAGGGAGGUGGUACUAAACCACUUGAGUCGCCGCGGAUGAUAUGGACCGCCAAAAUAGAGUGUCAAGAACGUAACAAAGCUCUAUUUGAAGCUAAUGUUUGCAACCAUGAUGAAUGCUUUAACAUAGAAGCACUUAUGGAUCGUUCCGGUACACCAUUUCUCUUCUCUGAUCCCAAUUUCAUCGUUUUCGAACAUGGCUUCCGGGAACCCGAACAGAACCCCUCGGAGCCUUGUGCAGGUGGUGCUAAACCACUCGAGUCGUUGCGGAUGAUAUGGACCGCCAAAAUAGAGCGUCAAGAACGUGACAAAGCUCUAUUUGAAGCUAAUGACGGCACUGUUGAGUUUACCCCAGAGGAGAUUGAAGGGUUGCUGCUUGAGAAGAUGCAGAGGGGGAAUCCCUUGCAGAUGGUGGAUUUCAUUAAGCGGCUUAAGCUUUGCCUCCGAUGGUAUAAGAGAGUUGAAGAAGGAUAUGUGCAAAAGAUAGAAAAGCUUGAGAGUGAUCUACAAUAUGCUGAGAAGAGAUGCAUGGACACUGAUUCACAAAUGUCUACUCCACUUGAGAGCAAUCCUAUUGUUGUUGAGGUGAACGAGCAUGUCCAACCAGAGGCAAGUCAACAGCAAGAUAACGCACAAGAUGGUGAACAAGUCCAAGAUCAGGUCGGUGAAGAAUUGGUAACCAAGAAAAAGAGGAAGAAAACAUCUCCAGUUUGGGCAGAUUUUGAUGAAAUUGAAAUUACCGGGGGUGCAAAGAAAGCAGUUUGCAGAUAUUGCAAAGAGAAAUUGUCUACAGGUGGGAAAGGAGCCAGUACUAGCCAUCUGAGAAGACAUUCAGAAAUUUGCUUACAAAGGAGAGUGCAUUUGGCUAGUGAAAAGAAGCAAAGUACCAUACCAUUUCAGCCUUGUAACUCAGGUAACCCGUUUCUGAAUUCUGGUGCUAGAUACAAUAAUGAAAAGAUGAGGGAAAUCAUUGCUUCUGCUAUUAUGGUUCAUGAAAUGCCGUUUAGUAUGGUUGAGAAUGAUGUUUGGAUGUGGGCUUUCCAGUAUGCAAAUUCAGAUUUUCAAAAGGUAACUCGUAAAACCAUAAGAAAUGAUUGUUUAGCUUUAUAUGAGAUGGAGAAGAGAAACUUGAAGGCAUUGCUGAAAAGUGUGAAUAAGAUUAGUUUGACAACAGAUAUGUGGAAGUCAAGCCACCAAGUAGCUGAAUAUAUGGUGGUUACAGGUCACUUCAUUGAUGCCGGGUGGAAGCUUCAGAAGAGAGUUUUGAGUUUUGUGAAAGUGCCAGCUCCUAGGCGUGGGGUUGAUGUGGCUGACGCCAUUUUCAAGUGUUUAAAAGUUUGGGGGAUUGAGAAUAAAAUUUUUUCCAUAUCUGUUGAUAAUGCAGCUUACAAUGAUAAAUGCUUAAAAAAUCUCAAGGAGAACUUAUCAGGCAAUAAGUUAUUUCUUGAUGGUGCUUUGUUUCAUGUUAGGUGCUGUGCUCACAUAUUAAAUUUGUUGGUGCAAGAUGGCUUAAGCAAAAUCAAGAGUGUCAUUGUCAAUAUUCGUGAAAGUGUGAAAUAUAUCAACUACAAUGAUGCAAGGUUAAAGGCCUUUUGUGAUGUGGUUGAACAGAAACGCUUGAAGGAAAGGAAGCUUGUUAUUGAUUGUCCAACAAGAUGGAAUUCAACAUUUCAGAUGUUGUCUACUUCUUUGAAAUUCAAGACCGCCUUGGCUGCAUACAAGGAAAGAGAGCCGCAUUAUGUUUAUUCACCUUCACUUGAAGAUUGGAGCAAAGUUGAGAAGAUUUGCAAACUUCUAGAAGUGUUUGAUCUAGCUACUCAUGUAAUCUCAGGUAGUGAGUAUCCAACUGCUAAUUUAUAUCUUGCUGAAGUUUGGAGAGUUAAACAAGUAAUUGACAAUGCGUCUGAGGAUGAAGAUGACUUCAUGAGAGAAAUGGCAGCCCCAAUGAAAGAAAAAUUUGACAAAUACUGGGGUGAGUGCAAUUUGCUUAUGGCUAUUGCGAGUGUUUUAGAUCCUAGGUGUAAAUUUCACAUUGUUGAUAUAUGCUUUCCAUUGAUAUAUAAACCUGAAAAUGUUGCCAUGGAGAAUAUAAGUAAGGUUAGAACUUCAUUGGAAAAGUUAUAUGAUGAGUAUGUGUCUAUGAGUAUUGAGGAGUCAUCCUUUGUGGCUGCGAAUUCAAAUGAUGGUGGUAACAAUGUAACAUCCUCAACUGAAUCUGGAUCUUCAUUUGUCACUGGAUUUGACCAAAUUAUGAAUCUUGUGCGUGAAAAGGAAGCGGUUCCCCCAAUGAAGUCAGAACUACAAGCUUAUUUUGAUGAAGGUGUUUAUGUUCCCGAUGGUAAUAAUAACUCAUUUUGUGCAUUGGAAUGGUGGAGGAACAACAGCUUAAAGUAUAAGGUCUUAUCCAAGAUGGCCGCUGAUAUACUGGCUAUACCUAUCUCCACAGUGGCAUCUGAGUCUACAUUUAGUGCUGGAGGGCGAGUAAUUGAUGAAUUUCGUUCUAGAUUGAAUGAAAAAUCUAUUGAAGCACUCAUCUGUGGAGGGGAUUGGCUGCGUCAUAAGUAUAAUUUGAUGAAGAAGCCAAAGGUGGGUGAAGUGAAUGAGGAGAUCAACUUGAAGAUCUAA